GGGCAAAACGAGAAAACUUUGACCAAAUUGUAUCCACAAUUUUUCGAAGUUCGAAUUUCGAAUUUGACACCAAACGGAACACAAACAAACAUCUGUCAAACCCUGUAUUGUAGGAAAAGUUGCGAUAUUGUACCAUUACUAAAUUGCUGCAUUAAUUUACACAAUUCAAUUUGAUUUGUACGUAGUUUUGCAAUGAGCACAAGUGGCAGAAAUUCGCAAAUGCCGAAUGCUGUUCCAGAAGCGCAAAUGGAACCAGCGUCCGUGCCAUUGGGCGGUGCGAUUGGCCGCGAGGAUAUUUGGGACGACAGUAUUAUAAUCAAAAAGUAUGAUGCAUCAUUAGCACUGAUAAAAGCAGAGGUUGCAAAGCGGUUGGCUAUGAACACGAACCGAAACGCCCUAGCAGAAGCAGCUGGUUGCAGUGGCAUCAAGAAUCGUAAACAGCAAAAGAAAGAUAGCGAUUCAACCGGUGGUGAGGCUACUGUCGGUACGCCGGAACAUGAAGAAAAGGGCACAAUAGAAAUAUCGGAACAUGACCAGCCCAUGACAAACGGGCCUCGUACAGACGCGUUCGAAAUCGGCGACUACGUGCGGGCCACCUACGACGAUGGAGUGGAUUACGAGGCAAAAAUCAUCGGAUUCGGAAAUCAGGGUGAUUGUUUGAUUCGCUACGUGGGUUAUAACAACGAACAGACCGUCCUGCUGGAGGAACUGUUACCAUCCUGGGGAAGGAAGGCCCGUAGACAGCAGCGUGUGGAUGCAGCAGAAGCGGAAGCAGCGGCCGCGGACUCUCAGAUGGAUAUUAGCGAUGACGAGCGGUUCACGAAGCAAGCGAGCAAGAUAAAAAUUAACUUCGGACCGAACUUUGGCCGCACGAGCGUUGGGCCAACGGCGACCGGAAGGAGUGGGCGAUCGGGUAUGCUGGGUCCGAGUAUGUCUACCGCGUAUAUGGUUCCCCCACCGCCUCCGAUGCCCCCGAUGCUAGAAGACGCGGAGGAUGUGGAGUCGGAGAAUCUUUCCGCGAUGCUAAUGUCUUGGUACAUGAGUGGCUAUUACACAGGACUAUACCAUGGGCAGCGGAUGUCUCAACAGCAACAGCAACAGCAUACACAGCAGAAGCGAGCAAGGCAAUCGUAAUGGCCGCGACCGUGUGGUGUUAUGUAUUUGUUGUGCUUUAACAGUGCCGAAUUGUAGGAGACUAUUAUCGUGUUCCACGCGUUUCGGAGCACACGAGAUUCCUUUUUAGCAUUGUCCAGUGAUAACCUUUGUUGAAGCGACAGCAUUGUGUAUUUGGUUGUACUUCACAUGAUAAUGACGAUACAUAAUUAAAUGACCCAGUCGGGACAGUGUUCUAUACUGCUCCGUUGCUACCUAAUUGCUCUCGCUUUACAUACGGGACGACGACAAUAGUCACCCCAUUCAUCACCAAGCUUCACUUUCACAUGAAAUUUUGUUUAGUUAUUUCUUUAAGUGAAUGAAUUAAAAAAAGAACCCCAACCUCACGGGCAAAGCAGAGAGAAGAAUGGAAAUAUAUACG